UUAUAGCAAUAAAAACAUAAACUAUAGUUUCUAUGAUACAAAUUCCUGAAUAAAUAGAAUAAUAAAAAAAUUUAAAAUCAUAUCAACUUUUUAUUUAUUUAAUAUGCAAUAGCUUUAUCGCGGCAGUCCCCGAAUGCCACUUUUAAUAUUUUUUUUUUAACAUCUUGGCUCUUACGUUAAUUUACGUUACGAUGCGAGCCACAAAAGUCUAUGACGCGAGCUGCGGUUUGGCCACCCCUGCAGUAUUGUUAUUAACUCGUCGAGUUUCAAAAAUUCAAAAUGACAAAAGGAUAACUAAACUGCAUUUAUACCAAAAUUGAUUAAACUUAACCACACCCUCCCGCCAUUGAGUGGCCAUGGACAGUAGUGACUUCUUUUGGUAUGUUCCACGGACAAUAGCAUACCUGUUCAAAGUUGUAUGGCAAACACAGACUCUAUUUUGGGCCAUAUUGGUCAAACGCAAAUCUGAUAUUGUUCUAGUUCAAAAUCCACCUGCGAUUCCAACACUCGUUGUUUGCUGGUUUUACUGUCUGCUUGUCAAUGCAAAAUUUAUAAUAGACUAGCAUAAUUAUGCAUACUCAAUACUUGCCCUGACUUUGGGUUCCAAUGCACCUCUGGUAAAACUCUCCUUAUUCUACAAGCACACUUUUGGCAGACUGGCUGAUUUUAAUCUAUGUGUUACCAAAUCGAUGAAAGAUGACCUGCAUAAUAAAUGGAACAUUGAAAUAUGAUGAAAGUGAUGAUAUCUACCCAAAACUAAUUUGUAUUAUCACCGGGCGAGGCCCAUUAAAGUGUCACUAUCAACAAAUGAUCUUAAAAUUUAAGUGGAAAAAAGUUUCAAUCAUUACACCUUGGCUUGAAAAUAAUGACUAUCCACUUCUUUUAGCGUGUGCUGAUCUUGGUGUGUGCUUACAUGCCUCCUCGAGCGGUUUGGACUUGCCUAUGAAAGUGAUUGAUAUGUACGGUGUUGGUUUACCUGUUUUUGCAAAUGAUCUUAAAUGCUUAAAUGAACUGGUACGAUACAAUAAAAAUGGUCUUGUAUUCUCCAAUGAAGAUCAGCUUGCAUUGCACAUUAUGACCUGGUUUAAAAGCUUUCAUUCAGAGAUCUGCGAGAAACAAAGUAGAUUUUGCAAAGAAAUUGAUAAUUUUCGGGCGGUAGAUUGGCAUACAAACUGGAUGAAUAACGCGUAUCCAAUUUUUUCGAACGAUGAUAAAUAAUUUCCAUUUGUUUUGGCUAAUUUUAUUUAAUAACUUCAAUACAUUUAAUUCCUUUAUAUAAUGUUAUACUUUAUGUAUAAAUAUAUAAUUAAUUUCAAUCAUGCAUUCAUACAAUGAGUUUGUUACAAAUCUUUAUUCAUUCCCAAGCAGCAUUUUUGAAAACUUAAUUUUCAAAAUCUGUCUGUUAUUGUAGAAUAUAGAAUAAAAGCAAGAAAUAUACCUAACA